AUCAGUCAGCCAGACACAGAAGACCUAGACUUGGGUAGGGUGAGUUACAAGGCAGUCUCGUUAAGUCAACUCAAAGUCAAGGCCUUUGACUUAAGAUACAGUACACCGAUUGAGGACUAUUCAGCUUCGAGGGAACUUCAGCGUGAGGUUGUGGGCCAUGGAUGUGUUAUCAAGGGCUGUGAUGUGUUUCUGCUUGAUGGGUUGGAUGACUUUAGGAUGGAGCAAUGCUGCUACGUACACAUCAAAUACCUUGAAGAGCAACAUAGACAAACUGAAGGGUCAACCAUAUGUCAAGUAUCAUACACAGGAUAACUGGGCUAACCAGGGGUUCCUCCUGACUGACCCAGACACAGAAAAUACAUACAGAUAGACAGCCAGAAGAGACCAGACAGGCAGGCAGAACAGGCAUACAUACACAAGACAAACAGACAGACACAGGACAGACAGACAGACAGACAGACAGACCAGACAGACAGACCAGACAAUGACAAGACAGACAGAUAGACAGGCAGGCCAGGCAUACAAGACACCGAUAAGACAGACAAGAUAGGCAGACAGACGACGACAGACAGACAGGCAUAAAUAGACGCAGGCAGGCACGGAGGCAGGAGGGGGAACAGGAGGGAGGAGAGAAAAAGGAACAAACAAGACACUUUUACAGAAACCAAAAAAAUUGAAAAUUUCCUCUCGAAGUUUGCAUCAGAAACUUUAGACCCGCUCCAAAACCCCCUAACCAAAGGGGAAAUUGGAGUGGAUUUUUAGAAUCCCAAAUUUGAUAAAACCAAGAAAGGAGUUUUCACAUUCUGCCCAAGCAGGGAAAUACUUUUAGUGACAUUUAAAUAACUAAAAUUUUAACAAAAUAACAGUGCUUUCAAAAUCCAAGGGCAGCUGGUCAAAAACCCAAAUUUCCCCAAGCUUGAAGGUAGUUUAUUGGGGGUUCUUGGGGUUUCAUUUUAGGCUACUCCAUGUUGAUUUUCUGGCAAAUAAAUGGGUAUUUUAAAUUUUUUAAUUUGGCCCCUUGGGCAGACGCUAUAUCGGGGUUUGGGGAGAAAGGAUACCAAAUUAAACCCCCUUAAAAGGGGAAAAGCAACAACACUGAUUGGAGACAUGUCUUGCUCUUUCAGAAGAUCUCCAAGGACCAGCUGUUCAAUGAAAACCCUGUUUUCCCCAAGGACACGUUUAAGGUAAGAUAUAUUGUUACACAUUGUUUCCCUUUCAGGCUAACAUCACAAAUGUGAAACUACUGCAAGCUUACCCUUGGGCUAGGCUGGAGACAUUACAUUACAUUUUAGUCAUUUAGCAGACGCUCUUAUCCAGAGCGACUUACAGUUAGUGAGUGUAUACAUAUUUAUUUAUUUUCAUACCGGCCCCCCGUGGGAAUCGAACCCACAACCCUGGCGUUGCAAACGCCAUGCUCUACCAACUGAACUACAUCCCUGCCGGCCAUUCCCUCCCCUACCCUGGACGACGCUGGGCCAAUUGUGCGCCGCCCCAUGGGUCUCCCGGUCGCGGCCGGCUACGACAGAGCCUGGAUUUGAACCAGGAUCUCUAGUGGCACAGCGCCUUAGACCACUGCACCACUCGGGAGACAAAACUAAGGUUAAAGAUAUUAAAAUGAUUCUCUCUCUCUCUCUCCUCUCUCCUCUCUCUCUCCCUCUCUCUCCUCUCUCUCUCCUCCUUCUCUCGCUCUCUUCUCUCCAUCUCUCCUCGUCUCUCCUCUCUUCGUCUGCUCUCUCUCUCUCUCUCUCUCUCUAUCUCUCGUCCUCUCUCCUCUCUCUAUCUCUCUCUCUCUCCUUCCUCCCUCCCUCCCUCCCUCAGGACAGUGAGCAGGAGGGUGUUGAUGAGUGCGGUUCUGGACGUGUAUCUGAGUAUCUUCAGCCAGAUGCUGAACCAGACGGUGGACCAGGAAGUGAUGGAGAGGCUGGUCCAGGUCAAGGGGACGGUUAAGGAGCUCCAGAAACACUAUUUCCUGGGGAGGAUACCUGAGCUGAGGAGACACCUGCAGAACCUGUGGGCCAUCAAGGUGAGCUUCCCUCCACAGCAUCAAUCAAUCACUCAAUCAAUAAUUUAACCCUUUGGGCCAUCAAGGUGAGCUUCCCUCCAUGGGGAAGAAGACCAAGUUACUGUAGACAGAUUUGGUUUAGUCUUCAUUUAAUAUUUUAUUUGUUUUGGUACUCUGCCUGUAAAUUACACAAGCCACACUUGUCUACAGUGUCUAAAGGCGUCAACAUGCUGCAGUUCGGCUGCUGCCUAGCCGUGCUCGACUAGGUCGAACCAAACGAGUGUGCUCACAUACUCUCUUAAAAGACCUUCGCUUGAAAAUCAAGUAAAAAGCGGCAAUAGUACUGUUUGUCCAUUUUGAGACGCCGUAGCCAGUAUACGCUUCCUCAAAAUAGUCAGAAUUAAUCUAAGAUAACUCAAGAAAUCUGUCGUUAAUUUUGCCGUUUUUACUGAGGAGAUCUUUUGUAAAAGUGAAAACAUUUGCAUGAGGACGAGUCGUCUCUGGUUGACAAAAGGCACUUAAUUGAAGAAUCCCUACUGGUGACCAAUCGCUGACGAGGGGGGCGUAGACUUCGGCUACCGACUUCGGCUUGCCUCAAGAAAAAAAAAAUUGUGCUCGAACAGCCGGAAAAAAACCCUUGCAGAAGUCCAAAACAAACAAAAACGUCACAAAACGUCUUCAUAAUAUAUGCACAAACUGUUUUGAACUGUUUCGGCUGGGUCAGAUUCAUCGUUAUAAUCAGUGGCCAGUACGGAUGAUUAAGUAAAACCAAAUCCCUGUCUCCAUCUAUGGCUAAUUUAGGAAAGGGAUGAUUUUAGCUAGCUAGCUAGCCACCGGAGGACAACGACACAACGAGAUGCAACAAUUUUUUCUGGUAAAUGACGUGUGAUUGCGACGUGUAAAUGUGAUUGGUGUGAAGCCAAAUUCAAACUGGCUUCACUUGACACUUUUUUUUCCUGGUGCUCCAGGACCAAUCACAGUUGAGCUCACUCAGUUUAGCUCAAUGCUGAUUGGCUAUUACUUUUAUAUUUUCUUUAUCAAGGGAGGCCAAAUGCUCGCUGGCUUCCCUUGCAUUCAAUGCUACGGCCGGCAACAAUGUCGUACUUUUUUUUGACCACACUGCAUUAGAUAGACGGGCUACACAUACUGAGAAAAACUGUUGUAAAAUAAAAUAAUUUUGUAAUGACAUGAAGGCUAUGUCAAUUAGAAUUAAACAUCCCAUGUGCUAUGCAACCUUUUGAUCAGCUGCUUUAUGGAUUAAUAAUCCUCUAGGACUGUGAUACCCUCAUCAUGACUGUAGUGUAGUCGACUGUAUGGAGACACCUGAUGAACUGAUAACCUGAUAGUUAAUGCUUGUAUCUUCUAUCUCAGACCAGUGACACCAGAGUCCAGGGGAAGGCUCUGUCCGAGUUCAUUCCCAUCUACGAGAAAGCCUCCCAACUGGCCAAUCGGAUUCAUCUAAAGAAGGACAACCGCAGGAAGAGACGGCAAGCCCAGAGGCUCAAAUCACACAUCAUGUAGAUGACCAACCGCGUCUAGAGUGAAGAUGUAGGGUGAAGUUACAUCUAGACUCUGAUCCUGGGUCAGUUUAGCAUUUUCCCCACCAAUGGUUAAGGUUAGGAUUGGGGGAGGGGGAGCUGAUCCCAGAUCUGUACCUAGGGGAAACUUCCCCCCGGAGCCACAGUGGAGAUACAUUUACAUUUACGUCAUUUAGCAGACGCUCUUAUCCAGAGCGACUUACAGUUAGUGAGUGCAUACAUUAUUGUUACUUUAUUUAUUUAUUUAUUUUAUUUAUUGAAUUUAUUAUGUUAUUAUUCUUUUAAAAAAUUGUAUCUGUUUUUUUUUUUUUUUUUUUUAUUAUUUUUUUUAUACCCCCCCGUGGGAAUCGAACCCACAACCCUGGCGUUGCAAACGCCAUGCUCUACCAACUGAGCUACAUCCCCUGCCGGCCAUUCCCUCCCCUACCCUAGACGACGCUGGGCCAAUUGUGCGCCGCCCCAUGGGUCUCCCGGUCGCGGCCGGCUACCACAGAGCCUGGAUUCGAACCAGGAUCUCUAGUGGCACAGCUAGCACUGCGAUGCAUAUUGAUACAUAUUGAAGUUACAUAUUUACUUGAUACAAAGUUCCUCAACUGGUCCUCUAUUUAUUUUAUUAAGUUAUUUAAUCUAUGAAAUCACGCACAAUACUCAGUGGUAUAUUAUCAUUGUCAAAAGAGUAAUUAUUUUUCAUGAAUCAAAAGGAAUCUAUUUUGUUAAUUCAUAUGUAUUAUUUAUUAUUUAGAAAAUGUUUUGUCUUCAAUAGAAAGAGUUAUUUAUUGCAGAUGAUGCAAGUUCUGUAAGUUCUAUGACUGAAUAAACUGACAUUGAGAAACAAGUUCUGAUGACUGAUAUAAUCUAUCCACAUGCACACGCACACGCACACACACACACACACACACACACAUACACACACAGGCACACACGCACACACACACACACACACACUCACACACACACACACACACUGCUGUAUGGAAAUAUCACACAUUGGCUGACUGACUUUUAUAAUUGCUAAUUUAUUGAAACCAAAACCCUCCCCUGCAUGGGGCCCACACAACGGCUGGGGCCCACAUGGCAUUCUGUUCUAUUCUAUUCCCUAUGUAGUGCACUACUUUUGACCAGAGCCCUAUGGUCCGUAGUGCACUACAUAGAGAAUGUGGUACCAUUGGGCAUGUACACAAAGUUGUUCAGAUAUCAUGUCUGUGUGAGUUAAGUGGGUAACACACUGAUGAUUGAGUCUAUGUAAAAAAAAAAUUGUGUGUGAGAGAGAGAGAGCGAGAGAGAGAGAGAGAGAGGGGGGAGAGAGGGUGAAGUGAUGCUCGACGAUAGAUGUGGGGAUAUGAGGGGAGUCUUUUUCGAUCUCUCUCUCGAGCGCUCUCUCUAUAGCUCUCUUUUUUGUGCUCGCUCUUCCUUUUUCUCUCUCUCGCUUCUCUCUCUCUUAUCGCUCUCGCGCUCUCUCACUCUCCUCUUCUAUCCCUAUCUCUUAGCUGGAUCUCUCGCUCCUCUGUUUUUUAGGGAUGGUCAAGAGGGGGCAGAGGAUCUAGGUGGGGGUUUGGGUGACGCUGGGAAGUCUAGGAUUGCAGGUCACCGGAAAGGGUCCGUCCUCUACCUACGUUUCUUUAUUUCGCUCAUCCCCGCCGGCUCUCUCACUCUCUAUUUAUCCUCCAUCCCUCCCUUCUCCUCCCUUCUUCCCCUCCCCUUGCCCACCCCCUCGGCAUGCAGCACAGGGGGACAAAACACCUACCUUGGAGGUGGACAGCCAUUCCCUUUCCCCCCCCAUAUGCCCCCCAUAGGGCACAACUACGACACAAACCAACAAAAACGGUCACGACUCCUGCAGCUCUGUCGCACACUGGUAUGUACAUAGUCAAUGGUAGGCUUCGAGGGGGACUCCUAUGGUAGGUACACCUAUAGCUCAUCUCUUGGCAGUAGUUACUGUAGACUACUUUUUCACUGACCUCAACCCAGAGUCUCUCAGAGCGUUCACAGUCAGCCCACUGACAACCCCUAUCAGACCACAAGCAAAAUCACAGUCUACUUGAACAGAACAAUACUCAAUCAUGAGGCAUCAAAGCCAAAGGAACUGAAUAAUAUUAAGAAAUGCUAUAGAUGGAAGGAAAGUAGUGUUGAAACCUACCAAAAAACAAUUAGGAAACAACAAAUUCAAUCCAUUCUAGACAACUUCCUGAACAAAACCUUCCACUGUAAUAGUGAAGGUGUAAACUUGGCAGUAGAAAACCUAAACAGUAUAUUUGACCUCUCAGCUUCCCUAAAUCUAAAAAUCUCUAACAGAAAACCAAAGAAAAGUAAUAACAGUGAUAAAUGGUUUGAUGAAGAAUGCAAAAACCUAAGAAAGAAAUUGAGAAACCUAUCCAACCAAAAACAUAGAGACCCAGAAAACCUGAGCCUACGCCUUCACUAUGGUGAAUCACUAAAACAAUACAGAAAUACACUACGGAAAAAGAAGGAACAGCAUGUCAGAAAUCAGCUCAAUGUAAUUGAAGAAUCCAUAGACUCUAACCACAUCUGGGAAAAUUGGAAAACACUAAACAAACAACAACAUGAAGAGCUAUCUAUCCAAAACGGAGAUGUAUGGGUAAACCACCUCUCCAAUCUUUUUGGCCCUAUAACAGAGAACAAACAGCAAAAAAAUAUACAUGAUCAAAUGCAAAUCUUAGAAUCAACUAUUAAAGACUACCAGAACCCACUGGAUUCUCCAAUUACAUUGAAUGAACUACAGGACACAAUACAAACCCUCCAACCCAAAAAGUCCUGUGGUGUUGAUGGUAUCCUCAAUGAAAUGAUAAAAUAUACAGACCACAAAUUUCAAUUAGCUAUACUUAAACUCUUUAACAUCAUCCUUAGCUCUGGCAUCUUCCCCAAUAUUUGGAACCAAGGACUGAUCACCCCAAUCCACAAAAGUGGAGACAAAUUGACCCCACUAACUACCGUGGGGGAUAUGCCGUCAAUAGCAACCUUGGUAAAAAUAAAUCCUAAUCCUCCUCUGCAUUAUAUUAACCGCAGACUCGUACAUUUUCCUCAGUGAAAACAAUGUACUGAGCAAUGUCCAAUUGGGCUUUUUUAUUAUAAUAUUUUUUAAGUUAAUUUAUUGUUUUUUUCUUUACACUUUUAUUUAUUUUCCAUACUUUUUUUCAUAUCGACCCCAACUCUACCGGAGUCCUACACCCUCCCACCUUUUCCCCCUUCCCAGGCCCUAUUGACAACAAACAAACCAAAACCAAGGCAAAGUGGAUACACCGGAGAGAAAGGUGGAACCGUCACUUCUCCCAACGUAUACUUAACAUCCACAAUCUUUCCUCCCCUACUUUCCGCUUCCUCCUCCUCCUCCCUCCUCCUCCCCUACUGUUCCAUGCUUGUUUCACGGUCUAUUUAUUUAAACUUAAACAAAUUUAACCCAUUUUUUAUUUUAAUCAUUUAAGUGCAACGUAAUAACGUGAUGUUAGUAUUUAUAGUAAGUGAAUAUCUAGCAACUUUGUAUGAAGGGAAUUUCCAUUGGUCCUAUAAUAGUGUUAAUGUAGUACUAUUUGAUUUGAUAUCAUAGUUCACUAUCAAUGGAUCGAAUGUACUGUAUUUAUAUCCUAGGAAUAAAUUAUCAUGAAAAUAUAUCCUGUUACAUGUCUUGAGUCUGUUUUUUUAAAUCCAGUUUCAAAUUAGGAAUCGAUGUUACCGAAGUGCAGUUAUUUCUUAGUAGGCCUAAAGUUGUUCUUAAAGUGUGAUAUUUGAAUAUUGGAUGAAUUUCAUAAUGGAUCUAGAGAGCAUCGGUUUUAUUUCCCUGAAGUGAAUUAAAUUGUGCUGAGUCACAAUACAGUGCAUUUGGAAAGUAUUCUGACCCCUUGACUUUUUCCACAUUUUGUUACGUUACAGCCACAAUAUCCCAUAAUGACAAAGCCAAAACAGGUUGAUAGAAAUUUUUGCAAAUUUGUAAAAUAAAUAAAUAUACUGAAAUAUCACAUUUACAUAAGUAUUCAGACUCUUUACUCAGUACUUUGUCGAAGCACCUUUGGCAGCAAUUACAGCCUCGAGUCUUCUUGGGUAUGACGCUACAAGCUUGGCGCACCUGUAUUUGGGGAGUUUCUCCCAUUCUUCUCUGAAGAUCCUCUCAAGCUCUGUCAGGUUGGAUGGGGAGUGUUGCUGCACAGCUAUUUUCAGGUCUCUCCAGAGAUGUUCGAUCAGGUUCAAGUCGUGGCUCUGGCUGGGCCACUCAAGGACAUUCAGAGACUUGUCCCGAAGCCACUCCUGCGUUGUCUUGGCUGUGUGCUUAGGGUCGUUGUCCUGUUGGAAGGUGAACCUUCGCCCCCAGUCUGAGGUCCUGAGCGCUCUGGAGCAGGUUUUCAUCAAGGAUCUCUCUGUACUUUGCUCCGUUCAUCUUUCCUUGAUCCUAACUAGUCUCCCAGUCCAUGCCGCUGAAAAAAAUCCCCACAGCAUGAUCCUGCCACCACCAUGCUUAACCGUAGGGAUGGUGCCAGGUUUUCUCCAGACGUGACGCUUGGCAUUCAGGCCAAAGAGUUCAAUCUUGGUUUCAUCAUUUACAUUUUAGUCAUUUAGCAGACGCUCUUAUCCAGAGCGACGUACAGUUAGUGAGUGCAUACAUUUACAUACUGGCCCCCCGUGGGAAACGAACCCACAACCCUGGCGUUGCAAACGCCAUGCUCUACCAACUGAGCUACACAGGACCGUCAGACCAGAGAAUCUUGCUUCUCAUGGUCUGAGAGUCUUUAGGUGCCUUUUGGCAAACUCCAAGCGGGCUGUCAUGUGCCUUUUACUGAGGAGUGGCUUCCGUCUGGUCACGCUACCAUAAAGGCCUGAUUGGUGGAGUGCUGCAGAGAUGGUUGUCCUUCUGGAAGGUUCUCCCAUCUCCACAGAGGAACUCUAGAGCUCUGUCAGAGUGACCAUCGGGUUCUUGGUCACCUCCCUGACCAAGGCCCUUCUCACCCGAUUGCUCAGUUUGGCUGGGUGGCCAGCUCUAGGAAGAGUCUUGGUGGUUCCAAACUUCUUCCAUUUAAGAAUGAUGGAGGCCACUGUGUUCUUGGGGACCUUCAGUGCAACAGAACGUUUUUGGUACCCUUCCCAAGAUCUGUGCCUCGACACAAUCCUGUCUCGGAGCUCUACAGACAAUUCCUUCGACCUCGUGGCUUGGUUUUGUGCUGACAUGCACUGUCAACUGUGAGACCGUAUAUAGACAAGUGUGUGCCUUUCUGAAUCAUGUCCAAUCAAUUGAAUUUACCACAUGUGGACUCCAAUCAAGUUGAAUAAACAUCUCAAGGAUGCUCAAUGGAAACAGGAUGCACCUGAGCUCAAUUUCGAGUCUCCUAGCAAAGGGUCUGAAUACUUAUUUUAAAUAAGGUAUUUCUCUUUUUUUAUUUUUAAUAAAUUUGCAAAAAUUUCUAAAAGCCUGUUUUCGCUUUGUCAUUAUGGGAUAUUGUGUGUAGAUUGCUGAGGAAGAAAAAAUAUUUAAGCAAUUUUAGAAUAAGGCUGUAAUGUAACAAAAUGUGGAAAAGUCAAGGGGUCUGAAUACUUUCCGAAGGCACUGUAUUUCCGAUUGCAGUUCCGGAAACUGUAAAGAUGAGAUCAUUAAUUCGGUGGUGUCCCGGGGUUCUGGAACUGCGAAGGUGAUGUCAUUAAUUCGGUGGUGUCCCGGGUUUCUGGAACUGUAAAGGUGAGAUCAUUCAUUCAGUGCGUCCCAGGAUGAGUGUGUCGUAGGAACAUUUAUUUCAGAUCCCACCUUUCUGUUUUGUCACCUGACGUGUUAUGGGGUUGAACGGGCGGCCUACGCUGAAACCCCAACCCGUCAUUCUUUCUGAGGUGACAGAUUGACACCCUCAACCCAUCUCUCUCUCAUGGAAACUGACAAGCAUCUAUCUGCACUAGCAACUAGCAACUCGCCUAGGAAUAAGCAAUUUUCAAUAGAUAAUUAAAUCAAGCCACAUUCUUUCAAUAUCAGUAUUUGUUUGAUAAUGAUGCCACUGUCCCACCUUUGAAAAAGCCUGGGUGUGUCAAUGACAGAGUACGCUCAGCCAUCUAUCUGUACUAGCAUUAGCAACUAGCAACUAGCAUCUAGCAACACAGAAGUCUUCUAGGAAAUGCUCUGACAGUUUUGCUCUGACAGACCAAGCCCCUUCCUGUUUCACACCAUGUAGGGCCCAUCUAAGUGCUGAGACAGGAUGCGUCUCAAAAGUAGUGCACUAAAUAGGGAAUAGGGUGCCAUUUGGGAAGCUAGCACUCUGCCAAUAAAGAGAAAUAAAGACUUUUGAUUUGAAUUGAUGAGAGAGAGAGAGAGAGAGGAAGCAGCAGAGAGAGGAGAAGAGAGAGAGAGAGAGGAGAGAGAGCGAGGAGCGAGAUAGGAGAGCGAUGAGAGAGAGAGUAGGCAGAGAGAGGAGAGAGAGAUAGGAGAGAAGAGAGACAAGAGAGAGAAGGAGAGAGAGCCGAGAGAGAGUUGAGAGAGAGAGAGAGAGAGGCAGAGAGAGCGAGAGAUAGAGGCAGAGAGAGCGAGAGAGAGAGAGAGGAGAGAGAGAGAGAGAGAGAGAGAGAGAGAGAGAGAGAGAGAUACCAAGAAAAAGUAGAUGUUCUUUCCCCACAAAAUAUGAACUAUAUGUAAACUACAGUAGAUGAUAAUAAAAUAGAUGGACUAUAGCUGGUUUACAGUUUACAGUCAAUGCACAUCAAGAUUUGAAUGAAUUAAGGAAUAUUGAUGAAUAAUGAAGGAAUAAUGAUGAAUAUUCUCUAUAUAUUGAAACAUUUAUGCGCAUUAUCCAUCAUAUGUAUGUACACUAUAUAUUCAAAAGUAUGUGGACAUCCCUUAAAAUUAGUGGAUUUGGCUAUUUCAGCCACACCAGUUGCUGACAGGUGUAUAGAAUCGAGCACACAGCCAUGCAAUCUCCAUAGACAAACACUGGCAGUAGAACGGGCUCAGCAGCGAAGUGGUAGGCCACAUGAGCUCACAGAAUGGGACUGCCGAGUGCUGAAGCAAGUAGCGCGUAAAAAUCCUCUGUCCUCGGUUGCAACACUCACUACCGAGUUCCAAACUGCCUCUGGAAGCAACAUCAGCACAAUAGCUGUUAGUCGGGAGCUUCAUGAAAUGGGUUUCCAUGGCCGAGCAGCCAUGCACAAUGCCAAGCGUGGGCUGGAUUGGUGUAAAGCUCGCUGUUAUUGAACUCUGGAGCAGUGGAAACGGGUUCUCUGGAGUGAUGAAUCACGCUUCACCAUCUGGCAGUCCGACGGAUGAAUUUGGGUUUGGCAGAUGCCAGGAGAAUGCCACCUGUCCAAAUGUUUUUCCCUUAGUUCCAGUGAAGGGACAUUUUAACGCUACAAUGACAAUGAUAUUCUAGACAAUUCUGUGCUUCCAACUUUGUGGCAACAGUUUGGGGAAGGUCCUUUCCUGUUUCAGCAUGACAAUGCCCCCGGGCACAAAGUGAAGUCCAUACAGAAAUGGUUUGUCGAGAUCGGUAUGGAAGAACUUGACUGGCCUGCACAGAGCCCUGACCUCAACCCCAUCGAACACCUUUGGGAUGAAUUGGAACGCAGACUGCGAGCAAGCGCCUAAUCGCCCAACAUCAGUGCCCGACCUCACUAAUGCUCUUGUGGCUGAAUGGAAGCAAGUCCCCGCAGCAAUGUUCCAACAUCUAGUGGAAAGCCUUCCCAGAAGAGUGGAGGCUGUUAUAGCAGCAAAGGAGGGGGGACCAACUCCAUAUUAAUAUCCAUGAUUUUAGAAUGAGAUGUUCGACGAGCAGGUUUCCACAUACUUUUGGUCAAUAGUAUACAUUUAUUUAUAUUAUUUGAGUAUCUUAUGACUAUGUAUUCAACUUUCAGCUGUGUUCUAAACGGCACCCUAUUAGUUACGGCAGCAACAAAUAAAGAGCGUGACAGCAUUGGUGUUAGUUUCAGUAUUACAUCAAACCAUAACAUCAACCAACCACCUGAUUUUACAACAAACCCAGUCGCUGGGAAAAAAAAAAAAACCACAGUUCCAUUAGUUGAUCAGCUGGAACCACUAAUCACGAACCGCCCGUAUGGCUCUGGUGAACAGUAGUGCACUAUGUAGGGAAAGAAGAGAGCUAUGCCUACAGAAACUAGGGGACGUGUCCCAAAUGGCACCUUAUGGACCCUGGUGAAAAGUAGUGCACUACAUAGGGAAUAGGGUGCCAUUUGGGACAUUGACAAGCUUUUCACCUGUUAAUGCUGAGAUGACUUCAACCCAGACACCCCACCUCCCUUCUCCUCGUCCUCCUCCUCUUCCCACUCAGCAUACCAACCUGAACUUUAUUGCAUCACCAAAGAACUUCCCCAGAACGCGUCAAAACUACCUGUUUCCUAGGGAUUCCAACCCGAGACCCCAUGCUCUGCUGCAAAAAAAAAGGUGUUGUUGAGCGGGCCGUAUGUUGGUGUAUGAUUUAAAGGAAACCUCGCUCAGUCAGAGAACCCACAACCUCACACCUCUAUCGUUUCAAUUCUCUCUCUGCCUCUGCCUCAACUAUAAAUACUUGUCUGUCUUAGUCUCAGCAUCAGUCAGCCAGACACAGAAGACCUAGACUUGGGUAGGGUGAGUUACAAGGCAGUCUCGUUAAGUCAACUCAAAGUCAAGGCCUUUGACUUAAGAUACAGUACACCGAUUGAGGACUAUUCAGCUUCGAGGGAACUUCAGCGUGAGGUUGAGGACCAUGGAUGUGUUAUCAAGGGCUGUGAUGUGUUUCUGCUUGAUGGGUUGGAUGACUUUAGGAUGGAGCAAUGCUGCUACGUACACAUCAAAUACCUUGAAGAGCAACAUAGACAAACUGAAGAACACCUAUGUAAGUAUCAUACACAUUAUUAACUGGGCUAACAGGGGUUUCUCCUGACUGACAGACACAGAAAGGCAGGCAGACAGACAGACAGACAGACAGACAGACAGACAGACAGACAGACAGACAGACAGACAGACAGACAGACAGGCAGGCAGGCAGGCAGGCAGGCAGGCAGGCAGGCAGGCAGGCAGGCAGACAGGCAGAGAGACAGACAGGCAGACAGGCAGGCAGACAUACACAGACAGACAGACAGACAGACAGACAGACAGACAGACAGACAGACAGACAGACAGACAGACAGACAGACAGACAGACAGACAGACAGACAGACAGACAGACAGACACAGAAAGACAGACAGAUAUGGCCUCCCCUAAUUGGAGGCCAACAGUAGAACAGAAGAGGCGGGCUUUAGACUCCUGCUUCCUAAUGGGAGACCAACAGUAGGACAGAACAGGGGGAACUUUAGACUCCUGCUUCCUAAUGGGAGACCAACAGUAGGACAGGACAGGGGGAACUUUAGACUCCUGCUUCCUGAUGGGAGACCAACAGUAGGACAGGACAGGGGGAACUUUAGACUCCUGCUUCCUGAUGGGAGACCAACAGUAGGACAGGACAGGGGGAACUUUAGACUCCUGCUUCCUAAUGGGAGACCAACAGUAGGACAGAAGAGGGGGAACAUUGGAUGUGGAUGAGUUAGAGAUUAAAUGUUUGACUAAAACCAAGAGGAGUUACACCCUUUCUGCCCAAGCAGGAAAUACUUUUCAGUGAGAUUGAAAUGAAAUUGACAAUUGUCACAUCAUCAUAACAGUGCAUUUCCAGGUAGGCUUAUAGACACCUGAUCUGGCUCAAAUACUUCCAAGCAUCUGAGGUGAGCUUUAGCUUGGAUGUAGCUUGGAGUUUGCACUUUUUGGGACUACUCCAUUGUUGCCAUUGUACCGGACAAACUAAAAUAAGUAUUUUAAAUGAUUUGACGUAUUUAGGCCAGGUCUGACAGACACUAUACUCGGGAUUAGAAGUAGAGGCCACUAUAUGCAAUAAACUUCACCAUAUUGAUUGUCAACAUAUCUUGCUCUUUCAGAAGAUCUCCAAGGACCAGCUGUUCAAUGGAAAACCUGUUUUCCCCAAGGACACGUUUGAGGUAAGAUAUAUUGUUACACAUUGUUUUCCCUUUCAGGCUAACAUCACAAAUGUGAAACUACUGCAAGCUUACCCUUGGACUAGGCUGGAGACAAAACUAAGGUUAAAGAUAUUAAAAGUCUUCUCUCUUUCUCUCUCUCUCUCUCUCUCUAUCUCUCUCUCUCUCUCUCUCUCUCUCUCUCUCUCUCUCUCUCUCUCUCUUCCACUCUCUCUUCCACUCUCCCUUCCUUCCUUCCUUCCUUCCUUCCUUCCUUCCUUCCUUCCUUCCUUCCUUCCUUCCUUCCUUCCUUCCUUCCUUCCUUCCUUCCUUCCUUCCUUCCUUCAUUCCCUCCCUCCCUCCCUCCCUCCCUCCCUCCCUCAGGACAGUGAGCGGAGGGUGUUGAUGAGUGCGGUUCUGGACGUGUAUCUGAGUAUCUUCAGCCAGAUGCUGAACCAGACGGUGGACCAGGAAGUGAUGGAGAGGCUGGUCCAGGUCAAGGGGAAGGUUCAGGAGCUCCAGAAACACUAUUUCCUGGGGAGGAUACCUGAGCUGAAGAGACACCUGCAGAACCUGUGGGCCAUCAAGGUGAGCUUUCCUCCAUGCGGUACGAGACCAACACAGAUCUGGUUUAGUCUGCUUUCACAUGUCAUCAUUUAAUAUUUUAGCAGAUGAAGCCACAUAGCAAUGACAUGUACUCAUAAAUCUUUAUGUAAUGACAUAAGUAGUCUAUGUCAAUUAGAAUUAAACAUCCCAUGGGCUAUGCAACCUUUUGAUCAGCUGCUUUAUGGAUUAAUAAUCAUCUAGGACUGUGAUACCAUAAUCAUGACUGUAGUGUAGUCGACUGUAGACUCCCGAGUGGCGCAGUGGUCUAAGGCACUGCAUCACAGUGCCAGCUGUGCCACUAGAGAUCCUGGUUCUAAUCCAGGCUCUGUCGUAGCCAGCCGCGACCGGGAGACCCAUGGGGCGGCGCACAAUUCGUCCAGGGUAGGGGAGGGAAUGGCCGGCAGGGAUGUAGCUCAGUUGGUAGAGCAUGGCGUUUGCAAUGCCAGGGUUGUGGGUUCAAUUCCCACGGGGGGCCAGUAUAAAAAAAAAAAUCAUGACUGUAGUGUAGUCGACUGUAUGGAGACAACUGAUAACCUGAUAGUUAAUGCUUGUAUCUUCUAUCUCAGACCAGUGACACCAGAGUCCAGGGGAAGGCUCUGUCCGAGUUCAUUCCCAUCUACGAGAAAGCCUCCCAACUGGCCAAUCGGAUUCAUCUGAAGAAGGACAACCGCAGGAAGAGACGGCAAGCCCAGAGGCUCAAAUCACACAUCAUGUAGAUGACCAACCGCGUCUAGAGUGAAGUUUGGAGGGUGAAGUUACAUCUAGACUCUGAUCCUGGGUCAGUUUAGCAUUUUCCCCACUAAUAGUUAAGGUUAGGAUUGGGGGGAGGGGGAGCUGAUCCCAGAUCUGUACCUAGGGGAAACUUCCCCCCGGAGCCACAGUGGAGAUACAUAUUGAAGUUACAUAUUUACUUGAUGCAAAGUUCCUCAACUGAUCCUCUAUUUAUUUUAUUAAGUUAUUUAAUCUAUGAAAUCACGCACAAUACUCAGUGGUAUAUUAUCACUGUCAAAAGAGUAAUUAUUUUUCAUGAAUCUAAAGGAAUCUAUUUUGUUAAUUCAUAUUUAUUAUUUAUUAUCUAGAAAAUGUAUUGUCUUCAAUAGAAAUAGUUAUUUCUUGCAGAUGAUGCAAGUUUUGUAAGUUCUAUGACUGAAUAAACUGACAUUGAGAAAACUGAUGUCAUCUAUCCACACACACACGUACGCACACCCACAGACACAACACACACACACAGAAACGCACACACAGACACGCACACACACACGCACACACAGACACACACAUACACGCACACACAGACACACACACAAUCACACACAUACACACACUAGUCUAUGUGGAGGCUGUAUGGAAAUAUCACACAUUGGCUUACAGACUUUUAUAAUUGCUCAUUUAUUGAAACCAAAACCCUCCCCUGCAUUGGGCCCACACAACGGGCCGUGUCCCAAAUGGGCAGCCCAUAGGGUCCUGGUCUAAAGCAGUGCACUAUAUAGGGGAUAGGGUGUCAUUUGGGACGGGCACAAUAUAACACCACAAGCCGUCUGUCCUCAGAAACAGCAUUAAACCAAACACACUAACCAAAACACUUGUUUUUAUAAGUUUAAAGAUCAACACUUAUGUUUAUCUGUCUUGUGUGAAUAUUGAUGUUAUGUUGCUGUUGGUAUGUUUACUUUACAAAUCUUAUCCAACUUGACACAACUUGGCAGUUUUUUUUCUGGGAACAUUAAAGUAAUUAUACUCUAAAAAUAGACAAACUCACGAACAAUUCACCUAAGAAUAGACUUAGAAAUAGACAAGACAGCUCAGCUAAGAUGCCGAACCAGCAGCAAGGGAUUUCCCCCUGCAGAGAAUGAGGUAGAAUUUGACCCUUUGCUAAAUCCCGCCCACCUUGGUUACUGUUGCAACCUCGGACAACAUUUUCCCGGAAAGCCCAAUCCCCUCACAGUGAUCUCAAACUGUGUUUCUAAUGCACAAUGCAAUUAAACACAGAUUACCCCUUGCUAAUCAGGAAACUCUUGGGUGGUGGACUGUCAUUACAAUUGCUUCAUGGGAACCUGGUAAAAUUACGUUUGUAGCCUAGUGUAGCUAGCCACUGAAUGGCUCCGAAUUCACUGUAAGCACGCAGUCAAAGCUAUAGCCACUUCUGGAGCUAACUAGUGCUCUCAAAUCGGAUGCUGAUGUCCACAGCAGAUGGGAGUUGUAUUCAUAGCAUUACUAACUUAGCUAGCUAACAUAUAUUUUAAGUGGCUAGCUAGCGUUAGCAACGUUUGGUGGUCAAUGAGACUGAGAGCUAGCUAACCAGCUGAGCAAGCAAACAACGUAACAAAAGUAUAAUUUCAGAUUUCAGAAAAAUACUCCAUCAACAGGCUCUGCAUUUUAAGGAAUCACAGUAGCAAGAACUCCUGGUGCACUGUUAAAUUGUUUAGCCAUUUAUUUGUAUUUAUUUGAUCCGUUUUUGCCAUAGCCCUGACAGGCUUUCAUUCAUUUAAACAUGAGCUUGUCCGAGGUCAGACUCCACGACAGUUGCUAUCCAUUGGAGCGCUGCGAUUGGUUGCCCAAAUUUCUGGGGCGGGCUUAGCGAAGGGUCAAUUGUUUCCCAGCUAGUCAUCCAUUUCUUCACCAUCUAGUCCAACAAUCUACUAACUAUUAUGCAUGUGAAAAACUAACUCUUAUCCUUGGGAGAAACAAACUAUUAUGCAUGGGAAAAACUAACUAUCAUCCAUGGGUAAAACAAACUAUUAUCCAUGGGAAAAACAAACUAUCAUCCAUGGGAAAAACAAACUAUUAUCCAUGGGAAAAACUCACUAUCAUCCAUGGGAAAAAUGCACUAUUAUCCGUGGGAAAAAAUAACCAUCAUCAACUCCCGAGUGGCGCAGUGGUCUAAGGCACUGCAUCGCAGUGCUAGCUGUGCCACUAGAGAUCCUGGUUCGAAUCCAGGCUCUGUCGUAGCCGGCCGCGACCGGGAGACCCAUGGGGCGGCGCACAAUUCGUCCAGGGUAGGGGAGGGAAUGGCCGGCAGGGAUGUAGCUCAGUUGGUAGAGCAUGGCAUUUGCAAUGCCAGGGUUGUGGGUUCAAUUCCCACGGGGGGCCAGUAUUAAAAAAAAAAUCAUGACUGUAGUGUAGUCGACUGUAUGGAGACACCUGAUGAACUGAUAACCUGAUAAUUAAUGCUUGUAUCUUCUAUCUCAGACCACUGACACCAGAGUCCAGGGGAAGGCUCUGUCUGAGUUCAUUCCCAUCUACGAGAAAGCCUCCCAACUGGCCAAUCGGAUUCAUC